AUGGAAGAGGAUGACAAAGUAGCACAGACCAAACGACCUGUAGGCGAUUCGGAUGAUGAAGAAGAUAUGCCUGAUUACAGUGUUCUUUCUGCACUAUCGAAACGUCACUUGAGUGCGGGCCUACCGGCUGAUGCGCCUGCACCCUCAAUUCCUAAACGCGGGGAGAAAGACUUUGAACCGACAGGUUUCGGCGGGCAGGCCAAGUGUCACUUCCCCGUGCACACUCCAGGUACGUUCUGUUUGUCGGCUAACGUGAAGCAAGUCACUGUCGACGGCCACUUGGGACCCCUUAUUCCAGAGGGCCAUUGUACAUACACAGAGGGGCCAGUCCUGUGUCAAUGUUGGAGUUUCAGAGAGACGCUCGAAUGGGGACACAUUUGUUACAAAUCUUGA